AACAAUCCAGCGAGAUCCAAUCCAAAUUGCAGUCGUCGACUUGUCCGCUUUCGGCCUCUUCUUCCACGUCAGUGUUCAACCGCCUCGAUACACAUACUUUGCGACUGUUGAGUACGAUGGUGUCAUGUGCGAGCUUAAUAUCGGUGCUGACUUUGUACCUAGGCGUAGCGCAUGCGAUACGCUUUCACAUAAAACCGAACACCAAGCGCUGCCUCAAGGAUGAGGUGCUCAAAGACGUCCUCGUUUCCGGCGAGUACCACGUCUCCGAGACGCCGGGUCACAAGACAGACCUGACAGUCAAGGACAGCAACGGACACAUACUGUACAACAAGGACGACAUCAAGGAAGGCAAGUUUGCCUUCACCACAGAUGCGUACGAUGUGUAUGAGGUCUGCUUCACCACCAAGAUGCCCAGUGAGGUGAAAGGUGGUGACCGGGAAGUCCAGCUGACUCUAAAGCACGGUGCUGAAGCCAAGAACUACCAAGGCUUAGCAGAAGUGGGCAAGCUGAAGCCGCUCGAGAUGAAGCUUCAACAGCUGGAGGAUCUCUCAGAGGCAGUGGUGAAGGACUUUGCAUACAUGCGCCAGAGGGAAGAGGAGAUGCGCGACACCAACGAGUCGACCAACUCGCGCGUCCUCUACUUCUCCAUCUUCUCCAUGUGCUGCCUGCUUGGUCUGGCCACCUGGCAAGUUCUCUACCUGAGGCGGUUCUUCAAGGCAAAGAAACUCAUCGAGUGAACAACAAACUGUUAUGGGGUGGGCUGUGAGUGUUUGUGGAAGGGGG